AAGUGUUUUAAAAUAUAUGAGUGUCUUUUAUUUAUUUAUUUUAGCUAUUUUUGGUACUUCAGAAGCCGGAUAAUCCACGAUAUAAACUCAACAUAUUUAUUUUUUCUUUCUGAGGACAUUUAUCGAAGCAAUGGAUGAAUUACAUCGAGGUUAUAGAAAGGCCAGAAAAUAUCUUCGACUGACUGCCAAAGCAUUUGAAUUGUCUGAUGCAAACUUCCAGCGCUUAUUUGGCCUUACCAAACCAUUAGUGCGACUACUCAUAGAGGAUCUUACUCCACAUGUAAGACAAGCAGACCGUAACACGAAGAUCCCGCUAAACCUGAAGGUUCUCGUAGCAUUAAACUUUUAUUGCUCUGGGAGUUACCAAAAGCGCGUGGGUCAAGAUUUUCUUACAUGCUUGAGUCAGGCCUCUGUUAGCAGGAUCAUCAGGGAAAUCAGUCAGUUAAUUGCUCACAAUUUGCUCAACAAAUAUAUCACUUUCCCAAACACGAGAGCCAGUGCUGAGCGAACCAAAGCGGGUUUUCAGGAGAAAUACGGGAUUUAUGGCGUUAUUGGCGUUAUUGAUGGUACACAUAUCCGGCUUUCUGGUUUGAAUAGAGCUUCGGCUCAUUCUUUUUUCAACAGAAAGAGAUACUAUUCUUUGAAUGUGAUGAUGGUAUGUGAUUCUGACUGUUACAUCUCAGCCCUUAACGCCAAUUUCCCAGGUUCUGCUCAUGAUUCUCAUAUUUGGAGAAUGAGCGAUCUGAACACUUAUUUAGAAAGGAAGUGUUACAGCUCACAAAAUGACACAUUUUUGUUGGGAGAUAAGGCUUACGGUCUCACACCUUGGUUGCUCACACCAUUAAGAGGAAAUCUAAGUCGUCAAGAAAAGGCUUACAAUAAAUGGCAUAGGACCGCGCGUCUUUCCAUUGAACGCACCUUUGGAAUCUUAAAAAAUCGUUAUCGCUGUCUUAACGGAAAAGAACGAGCUCUGCGAUAUAAUCCAGAAAUAGCAAGCUACAUUGUGGCAUCGUGCUGUGUCCUACACAACUUAAGCGUAAUUGCUAGUCUACCACGAGUAGAUGCAACAAUGUACGGAAACGACUCUGAAAUUCCAGAUACUGCAAAUGCUCGUAUGGCUAUGGAUGUGUGCAGUAUGGGACGAAUUGUGCAGCGCCGGAUUGUAAAUAUGAUGAAUCCUCAUCUUGAAUAGAUCUCCAUUUCACAUAAAAAAAAACAAGAAUUCAAAAAAAAAUUAUAUUUCUCUACUAUUACUUCCAUUUCUUUUUUUAUAAUUCAAUUUCCAAAAUGUUUGUUUUUAUUACAAAGCAGAAAGUUCAUUUUUAGAAAUUCACUGAAACAAAACAAAAUGUCAUAACUGGCCCAUAGAAAACGCAUAAGUCUCUUUCGGAUAUUCAGGUUUGGUUGAAUGAAAAAUGAAAAUGAACGCCUCCUCGCUUUUCCAAGGUUUCAAUGCGAUUCUUCAAUAUUUUAUUUUCUUUUUCCAAAG